AUGGAAGGGAAGCUUUUCGUGGGCCGAUAUUUGAUAUGGGUGGUAUUAUUGUUGGGGCUGCAGCUACAUGGAUGCAAAAGCUGUAUUCAGAAAGAAAGGAAUGCUUUAUUGGAGAUCAAGGAGUUCCUGGUAUCAAGGAGUGCAGCAGGGUACACUCACUAUGUUUUCCCUACCUGGACUAAUGACACGAAGAGCGAUUGUUGCCAGUGGGAGGGCAUUGAAUGCGAUCGUACAACCACGCGGGUUGUCGGGCUUUCCAUGAGUUUUAUGGUCUUUAAAGAGUAUUCUCUCUUUAAUCUUUCUUUGUUGCAUCCCUUUGAAGAGGUUCAGAGUCUGAGCUUAUCAUCAGGGAACCAAUACAGCGAAUACGAAUACUUUAACCAAUUUAAUGGCUUCUUUGAUGAUGUUAAAGGAUAUAAAAGCUUAAGGACACUAAGAAACCUGAAAAUUUUGGAUCUCUCUUCAAAUAGAUUCAACAACAGCAUCUUCCCUUUUCUUAAUGCCGCUACCUCACUUACAACUCUUUUUCUCCGUUCAAACCUCAUGAAAGGCCCUAUUCCUGCAAAAGAACUAAAAGACUUGACAAACUUGAAACUAUUGGAUCUGAGUCUAAACAGUUUUCAUGGUUCAAUGCCAGACUUGACUCACCUGAAAAAGCUGAAAGCUCUAGAUCUAGGCUGGAAUACAUUUUCUAGCUCAAUGGAAUUGCAAGAACUAAACAAUCUGACUAAGUUGGAAGUCUUGGGUCUUGGUGACAAUGAUUUCGUCGGACCUAUACCGAUAGAAGUUUGUAGAAUGAUAAAUUUGCGGGAGCUCUAUCUUGGUGGAAAUCAUUAUGUAGGCCAGCUUCCUCGUUGUUUAGGUCGCUUGAACAAGCUAAAGGUUCUUGACCUUGCAUCCAACCAGUUUAGUGGAAAUCUACCAUCUAGUUUCAGUAGCCUUGAGUCCCUCGAAUAUCUAUCUUUGUUAGACAACAACUUUACCGGCUUAUUCUCACUCAACCCACUCACCAAUUUCACAAAGCUGGAGGUGUUAAAACUGUCAUCAGCAUCUGAUAUGGUACAAGUAAAGACAGAGAGUAGUUGGAAGCCACAAUUUCAACUAAGUGUUGUUGUACUCCGAUCUUGCGGCUUGGAGAAAAUCCCUUCAUUUCUCGUGUACCAGAAGAACUUGCGUCUAGUUGAUCUAUCUGGCAACAAAUUAUCUGGAGACAUUCCUACUUGGAUAAUGGUGAAUAAUACAAAACUCAAAGUCUUACAGUUUCAGAAAAAUUCAUUCACUACCUUUCAAAUGCCUACAAUAAUGCACAAUUUGAAGCUCUUGGAUUUUUCAGCAAAUGAUAUUAGGCUGUUCCCUAAUAAUAUCAGUCGCGCGGUUCCAAAUCUGAUACAUAUGAAUGGCUCGGAUAAUGGGUUCUCAGGGUAUCUUCCAUUGUCUCUGGAGGAUAUGAAGAACAUUAAAUUCGUGGACCUUUCUUAUAAUAACUUCUCGGGAAUGCUACCGAUGAGCUUUCUUAUGAGCGGUUUUUCACUUAUGUACUUAAAACUGUCCCACAACAAAUUUAGUGGCUAUUUUCUUCCGGAAGGAACUAGCUUCACUUCAAUGGAGGUAUUGAGAUUGGACAACAACUUAUUUACAGGAAAGAUUGGAGUUGGUUUGCUUAGCUCCAACAAUACGUUGCAAGCUCUAGACAUGUCUAACAAUGGUCUCUCAGGUACUGUUCCAAGUUGGAUAUCCGAAAUAUCUAAUUUGCAGUUUUUCUCGGUAUCAAACAAUUUAUUAGAAGGUACAAUACCACAUUCCUUGAUGAACAUGGUCUCACUUCUGUUUAUGGACAUCUCUAGAAACUUAUUGUCUGGGUCCUUACCGUCGCAUUCUCCUAGCUCAAUUUUGUUCCUAGACAACAACAACUUCACAGGGGCAAUUCCGAACACAUUCUUGAAACGUGUCAAGAUACUUGAUCUGCGGAACAAUAAACUCUCUGGAAGUAUCCCACAGUUUGUCGAUACCCAAAGCAUAAGGAUUCUUUUGUUGAGAGGGAACAAUUUAUCAGGAUCUAUUCCAAGACAGUUGUGUGAUUUGAGCAACAUCGACCUUUUAGAUGUUUCAGAUAACAAGCUCAAUGGCUUCAUACCUACAUGUCUCAGUCAUUUAUCAUUUGGAGGAGGAGAGGAAUCUAAGUACAAUUUGGGGACUCCCACCACAGACGUUCUUCAUUUGGAAUUUAAUUACAAAUCCACGUUCAUGGUAGAGCAGCUUGAGGUAUUCUACUUUACUUUUCAAGAAAUUGAGAUCAAAUUUGCUACAAAGCAAAGGUAUGAUUCUUAUUUUGGCGGAUCUGGUUUCGACAAAGGAGUACUUGAUUAUAUGCAUGGGUUGGAUCUAUCAAGCAAUGAACUAAGUGGUGUUAUCCCUGAAGAUCUUGGAAAUCUCUCAAAACUACGAGCGUUGAAUCUAUCUCACAAUUUCUUGUCGAGUUCUAUACCGUCCAGCUUCUCCAAAAUGAAGGAUAUUGAGAGCCUUGAUCUUUCUCAUAACAUGUUGCAAGGAAGCAUCCCUCAGCAACUUACCAGCCUUAAUUUUCUUGCUGUCUUGAAAUUGUCUUAUAACAAUUUAUCUGGUAUCAUUCCCCAAGGAAGGCAUUUUGACACCUUCGACGAGAGCAGCUACUUAGGCAAUCCUUUUCUUUGUGGACCACCGACAGAGAUAAGUUGCGAGGAAAAAAAGAGUACAGAGGGAGCAGGUAAUGGAGGAGAAGGAGACGAAGACGCUGCUAUUGACAUGUUGGUAUUCUAUUAUAGUACUGCUUCAACUUAUGUGACCGCGUUGAUAGGCAUUCUUGCACUUAUGUGCUUUGAUUGUCCUUGGCGUCAAGCAUGGCUCCGCAUAGUUGAUGCGUCCAUUGCCUCAGCGAAAAGUAUGUUUUCUUGAAGUCA